CUCCACCGACUUGGUGGUCACCUCUCGCCAUGUCGGACACACCCCGUCCAUCGCUCAAGCUCACCUUCGGGAAAAAGAAGGCGCCCGAGGAAACACCCCAGAGACAGCCUGCUGCACCUCCUCCGCCAACAGAGACCCCUCAACGCAAACUCACGCUCAAGAUCGCCCGUAGACCGGCACCAGAAGCGCCGCCCGAGGAUGACAAACUCAAGAAAAAGAAGAAGACCUCGAAGAAGCGCCCAGCAGAGGGACCCGCGUUGCAGGAACCAUCCACCACGGUCGCGACAGCCCAACCCUCUGGACCCAAACGCCUGAAAUUAAACCCGUCGAAGAAGCCAGGGGUCCAGUCGCUCCGUAUCAAGAACAAGGGGCUGGUCCCCAACCGACCAGUGGGUGUUGGCUACGACUCGGAGGCAUCCGACACGGAAAUCGACCCCUCGAUCGAAGAACAAUUCAUUCUGCGCAUGCUGCCCGGAGAGGAUUGCGAAUAUCUACAACGCGCCAUUGCUGAACGCCGGUUCGACCGUUCGGAGAUUUCUUUCAAACCACUCACCCGUGAGGGACGACGCGCCAUCUUCAAGAUCCGCGAUCAUCAAUACGCCGCAGCGCUGGUGGACUUGCCAUGUAUCAUCGAAGGUAUGAAGAGUUGGGACCGGCGUGGGUGGUACAAAUCUGCGGAUAUCUGCCAGAUGCUUCUGAUCCUUGGCCCGGUUGCCAAUGAACAAGAGGCCAUGGACUACCCACUCCCCUCGGACAUCCUACACCCAGACGACAAGACACUGCAAUACCCACAUGGUCUCACACCACCGUUGCGAUGGGUGAGAAAGCGCCGUUUCCGGGAACGGAUUAGCACGCGGACUAUCGAGCAGGUCGAGAAGGCCGUCGAGGAUCUGAUCGCCCAGGAUGAGGCUGCCGUGGCACCUAUCCGCUAUGAGCUGGUUGAUAAGACAGCAUUAAACCGGGCUGAGGGACUGGUCCAGAGUGGAGAUUACGACUACGAAGACGAAUACGAUGAUGAGCAGGAUGCCGAGGGUGAAAUGGAGGAAGGCAUGGAAGACGGUGAUGCUGGGGUAUACCAAGCGGGCACACCGAUGGCAACGAAGCCGUCCACACCAGCGCCAGAAUCAUCCGGUGAUGAGAGUGACGGGUCCGACGAUGGCGACGAACCGGAAGAUGAGCUGGAUGAUGAGCAGCUCGAGCAGCAGCGGCAGAUGCAGCAGCAACGCGAGGAAAUCGCCGAACUGGAGGCAUUGAUCCGCGCCGAGACGGCGAAGUGGGAGAAGAUGCAGAACGCCAUUCUGAAGGGCAAACUGGCCAAGCGCAUUCACGAUCUGAAACAAGAUCUAUCACUGAAGAAGGUGUCUAUCGGCGAGGGCGAUGAUGCUGAUGGUUAAUCCACGCCUUACCUAUAUGUCUGUAUGCUAAUAGCUAUUGAUCGAUUUCUGAUACCCCAUUACAUACCAUUCCAUUCC